AUGACCUCUGCAUCCUUUGAAAAUGCAAAUUCGGGAUUCCAGGUGGGGGUCAAUCAAGGGCCGAUAUACAUUUCACAAGAACGAUCAGAACCCCGCUUCGAGCCUCUGGCAGCCGCUCCGUUCCAGGGAGUCCAUCAGCAUGACCUAAACUUUGUUCGUGAUGGUUCCCUUGUUAAAAACAGGUAUUUCUCCAACACCCGACUGGUCAAGAGCUAUUUUUCGGGCAGAGAAAAACAGCUUGAUAUUCUCAAGAUGGCAUUCCAUGACCCUAUGCAGGCCAACCAGCAGAGAUUUGUCAUAUAUGGGCUGGGUGGAUGCGGAAAGACGGAGCUGGCCAACAAGUUCGCACUUGACUUUCGGCAUCGCUUCCUGGGUGUCUUCGUCGUUGACGGGAGCUCCCAGAAGACAGUGUCGAGCAGCUAUGCUGAAAUUGCCGCACGGGUUGGCGCGCAUCCAAACCCCAUUGCCGCUAAAAGAUGGCUAGAAGGUUGCGACCUUCCAUGGUUGCUAAUUAUCGACAACCUCGACACGGAUCAUGUCGAUAUCGAUGAUGUUCUGCCGGCAGCUACAAAGGGCUGUGUUUUGAUAACAACACGGAAUCCGACCUUGAGGGUGCAUGGAAACACAGGGAGGAAGAGCAUCGAGUUGGGAGCUCUGGACCUCGAAGAAGCGGAAACUUUCCUCAUGAAGGCUGCUGGGCAGUCUAAUGUUGCUCCCUCUGAUAGACGGCAUGUCCAAGAGAUCUGUCGUGUUCUUGGGUGCCUGCCCCUGGCCCUUGUUCAUGCUGGAACAUCCGUUCUCAAGGGCAUGCAAUGGUCACAGUAUCUGUCAUUUUACAACGCCCAGCUGGAGACUAUCAAAGCCAACCACAGCCGAAGGCAGACCAAAAGCGACGAAAACGGCCUCAUAGAUUAUGAUGACGACGAAGACACCAGCUUUAAUGUUUUCUCGACAUACGAGGUUCUAUACGAAUCGCUGGAAAAGUCGCGCCAGAGGAAUUUUCGGGAUGCCGUCGAGCUUCUGCAUGUUUUCUCAUUUUUCCACUUCCAGAACAUCCGCCUUGAAGUGCUGAUCAAGGCGGCCACGAACCAACUCAAGGAAGACGCAGAACAGAAAGUCAUUGAGACAAACCAGAAAUGGCAAAGGAAUAUGGCCAAAGGGGCAAACCCACCAUUUCAGUCCUUCACUGCCCUUUUUCGAAUGUUGCGAGCUUUCGCGAUUUGGAAGUUAGCAACAGGUCCUUGGCCUUUACCAGCUGUGCUGCGCAAUCCAGAUGGUCUUCAUGUGGAGGCUUUGGAACGCCACAUCCGCGUACGACUCAGAAAUGCUUUGGACGUGCUCAUUGAGCGGUCACUCGUCUCGAUACAAGACAGCACCGAUGGCCACUAUAGCAUGCAUAGCCUUGUUCACGAGUGGGUGCGAAGGCGUCCAAAGAUGCGUACGACGCACCAGGCGUUAUGGUGCCAGGUAUCUAUGACCACUCUCGCGUUAAGCAUCCCACGGCCAAUGCUUGGCGCCACAGCAGAAGAGACACAAAGCGAGGAGGAACGCCGUAAACUGCGCGAGCUUCUGCCCCAUAUACUUCACGCACUCGAACGCAAGGAGGCUCUCGACAAAGAAAUCAUGCAGAACGCAGAGAGGGCACGAUACACUUGGCUGUUUUCCAGUAGGAGCAAGAGCACCUACAGGCGUCUGGAGGCUGAGCAGGAUGUGCGGUUUAGCCUCGUGUAUGUGGAGACGGGUCGCUAUGAAGCUGCCCGAGAGCUUCAAGAGCGUGCAUAUGGGUUUACAGCAAGCCGGCUUGGCCGCGACCAUCGUCUCGCGAUAUAUCUGUCCCUCUUGUUGUGCCAGACUCUGUUUUCCAUGUCAGAGAUAGCGAUGGCAUCUAAAUGGCUGCGGGAUGCUUAUGAACUCUGCAAACAGUCCUUCGGUGAAGAUGAUCCACUGACGCUGGAUGUCGCAGAUAGCCUAGGAUCUUGCCUGCGCGUGAAGGGUAGGUGGGUAGAAGCGAGAAGUCUACACACUGCUACUCUAGCAAGAAUGAAACGCAUAUAUGGCCCAAUGCAUGUGAAGACGCUCAAAGCGACCCUAAAUCUGGGGCAAGUGUUGUUCUGGGUUAUGGAAUAUGCUGAAGCUACCAGCCAAUUACGAGCGGCCUGGACAGGCUUGCGUACGACCCUUGGCGAGGAUCACUUGGAAACAUUGGCUGCGCUUCAGGAGCUAGCCAUGAGCUACCCGCAGCAUGACGAAUUGGUCGUAAAUGCAGAUGAUAAAGAAGAAUUGGAGGAAAACCUCGAAGCAAUUUCGUUUGUAUACGAACGGCGCAAAACGAAGCUUGGGUCCGAGCACCCCUUCACAUUGCUGGCGAUGCUACACUUGGCACGCCUCAAGUCGGCAGUGGGUGACCAUGUAACGGCUGAGGGCAUGAUCCGCAAUGGACUGGAAAUGGCCAAAGGCAGCAUUGCCUCAGACCACGUCGGCAUGAUUAUGGCGCGCACCAUUCAUGCACAGGUACUGACGCGUCUACAAAGGUACAGUGAAGCCGAAGCCUUGUUUAAUGAACUUAUAGACAAGGCACUGUACAGUAAGUUUGUGGACGAGGACGGUGAUAGCACAGACCGACUAAGUAACAUUUGGCUUCUCGCAAAAUGCUUCCAGUUGCAAGGCAAGAAGCAGGAGGAACUGGCCACAUGGAAAGAGUUUCUUGCCAGUGCAAAGACAAUUGGUGGGCACGGCUUAGGCUUAGAACAUCCGAGGAUACCAAGAAUAAUGGAACGAAUAGCUGAAAUUGAACGGGGAAAAUAG